UAGGGCAUAGGACUUGAGCUCCAUGGACCUGGAACCAGUUCCGCUUUAUCAGAAGCCACGUGUAAAGCACGUGCAUACUGCAAUAUUCCCUCCUCCACCACCACCGCCGCCACCACCACCACCGGUGUCGCACUGGGGAACGGGGAUGUCAGUCCCCACUCGGGGACUGUGGCUAUAUUACGCCGAGCGUAGCCAUUUUUCUUAAUUCACUCCACCAAUCAUUCGUCGACGCGUGUACGUCAAAUUCUCUUGCCACCUCUCAGUAUAAAAACCCUCUGUGCCACCUUCGUGUUCGUCUGCUCGUGCUCGGUGGCCGUCGGCGGCUAUGGAAUUCAUGAAGUUCAUUUGCCCUGAUUCUCCAUAUGUAUGGAAUGGCGAUGGAAUUUCAGAAUGUUUCGACAAUCUAGUGCUAGGUUUUGGAGCCAGCAUGGUGACUCUGGCUAUGAUUUUCGUGCUUGGAAUUAUUAGUAGGCACCGGAAACAUUUGAGGAGGAUCCCUCCUCCAGCGAAGAUUGUAAUUUCCAUUGUCGCCGCUUUUGGGGCAUGCUUAGCAUUCUUUGAAGUGAUUAUGCUAUUGAGGACAAGCUUAAAUGCACAAUCUUCAUCAUUAUUUCAUGAAUGGCUUUAUGUAUGCUCUCAAUUCACGGUCUGGGUGGUUGUUCUAAUUAUGUCAUGGUGUAAGGGUUGGGUGGAUGUCUUGUGCAAUGACAUCCUAUGUUUCUGGUGGAUCGUUUAUAUCUUCUUCUGGAUACCACGAGCAUUAGUUUCUUCCGAAGCUCAGCCUAUAAGACGGAUGGAGGAUAUUUUAGGGGCUACCACAGUGUUCAUUUUCGGAAUUUCAAUGAAUGUAAUAAGGAUGAAGUUUGCCUCCAAUGUGAACAGUUCAAUGGUGGAGCCACUCCUUCCUUAUGGAAUUAAAGUUGAUGAAAGUCAAUCUAUGGGCUCAGGAGUUUUCCAUAAAACCUGGUGUCUAAUGACAUUCAAAAUGAUCGAUCCUGUAAUGAGAAUUGGGGUAAUCAAGCAACUUAACUUUGAAGAUUUACUUCAGUUGCCAUUAGAUAUGAGUCCUUCAUCUUGCCAUAAUUUGCUCUCGAGAAUGUGGGAUGCCCAACAAAGAAGUCAACCUUCAUUGUUCAAGGCCAUAUGCUCGGCAUAUGGAUGGCCGUAUUUCUGCAUAGGUUUGUUAAAGGUGCUUAAUGACAGCCUAGGUUUUGCUGGACCAUUACUUCUUAAUCGACUAAUCAGUUUUCUUCAGCAAGGCUCUACAAAUGCCGAUGGUUACAUUCUUGCAAUAUCAUUGGGUUUGGUAUCAGUGUUAAAGUCAUUCCUUGACACACAAUAUUCUUUUCGUCUUGCCCAACUUCGGCUUAAGUUGAGGUCCGGAAUUAUGACUUUCAUCUAUCGUAAGUGUCUCUAUGUCAACUUAGCAGAGAGAUCAAAAUUUUCUGAGGGUGAAAUUCAAACAUUCAUGUCCGUGGACGUAGACAGAGUCGUAAACCUGUGCAACAGUGUUCAUGAUAUGUGGAGCUUGCCUUUUCAAAUUGGAGUUGCUCUGUUUCUACUGUAUCAACAAGUCAAGUUUGCCUUCGUUGCCGGAGUAGCCAUAACUGUUUUGCUGAUACCAGUUAACAAAUGGAUUGCAAAUUUGAUCGCAAACGCCACAAAAAGUAUGAUGGAGCAAAAAGAUGAAAGGAUUAGAAGAACAGCUGAGCUACUUACAUAUAUCCGAACCCUAAAAAUGUACGGAUGGGAGCUGCUUUUUUCCAGAUGGUUGAUGAAGACAAGAGCCUCCGAAGUGAAAUACUUAUCGGUUAGGAAAUAUUUGGAUGCAUGGUGCGUGUUCUUUUGGGCAACGACGCCAACUCUGUUCUCUCUUUUCACAUUCGGUUUCUAUUCUUUAAUGGGCUAUCAGCUGGAUGCCGCAACGGUUUUUACUUGUCUGGCUCUGUUUAAUAAUUUGAUAUCUCCUCUGAAUUCAUUCCCAUGGGUCAUCAAUGGUUUGAUAGAUGCAGCUAUAUCUACGAAACGGCUGAACAGGUAUCUAUCUUGUUAUGAAAGUGAUUUGAGGGCAGACGACACAAGUCGAAUCGUUUAUGAUGGGAAAAAAAUUGAUUGUAAAGAGACUGCCAUUGCUGUCCAUGAUGCUUCCUGUACAUGGUCAAGCUAUGAUGAAAAUGAAUUCGAUUUGGUUUUGGAACAUGUAGAUCUUCAUGUUCCAAAGGGUUCCAUGGUUGCUAUAAUUGGAGAGGUUGGAUCUGGGAAAUCAUCUCUUUUAAACAUGAUCCUACACGAAACUAGACUUAUCAACGGAUCGAUCCGCGUCACUGGAUCAAGAACAUACGUACCACAGGUCCCUUGGAUAAUGUCGGGAACUCUCCGCGAUAACAUUUUGCUCGGAAAGGACUAUGAUCCGACAAGAUAUACAGAAAUACUACAGGCGUGCACUCUGGAUGUCGACGUUUUGUUAAUGGUGGGAGGCGACAAUGCUUGCAUUGGCGAAAAGGGGAUUAAUUUAUCGGGAGGACAGAGGGCUCGGCUUGCUCUGGCCAGGGCUCUUUAUCACGGCUCGGAUGUAUUCCUGCUAGAUGAUGUUCUAAGUGCAGUUGAUGCACAUGUUGCUCGCUCGAUUUUACAUGACGCCAUUCUUGGCCCUCUUAUGAAUCGAAAAACGGUCGUUCUUUGCACGCAUAACGUUCAGGCAAUUUACACGGCCGAUAUCGUGGUUGUGUUGGAUCGAGGCCACGUGAAGUGGGUGGGAAGUCCGUCCGAUUCAUCGUUCGCAUCUUACUUAUCGUUCUUAUCGCCAAAUGAAUUUAACGCAUUUUGCGAUGAACCGCAAAGCUCCGAAAAGGUAACGAGUAUCUCCGGCGAAUCAAUUAAAGUUCUUGAGGUCGAUCGUGUUAGCGAUACGAUCGAAACUCACGACAUAAUUGAGGUCGAGGCGAGAAAGGAAGGAAGAGUCGAAUCGAAAGUAUACAAAGAGUACGCUGCGUUUUCGGGGUGGUUCGUAGCUGGUGUAACGUUUCUCUCGGCGAUCUUGAUGCAAGCUUCUCGUAACGGCAACGAUCUAUGGCUGUCGUUUUGGGUCGACACAACCGGAAACAACCGAAGCGAGUAUUCGACAAUGUUUUAUCUGGCUGUCCUCGGAAUAUUUUGUUUCGUAAAUUCGUCGUUGACGCUACUGAGGGCCUUUUCAUUUGCAUACGGUGGUUUACGAGCUGCUGUUAGAGUCCACGACCGAUUGCUGCAUAACCUUAUCGACGCGCCAAUUAGUUUCUUCGAUCAGACACCAAGCGGAAGAAUACUAAACAGACUGUCUUCAGAUCUCUACAUGAUCGACGAUUCACUUCCAUUUAUCCUCAACAUUCUCCUCGCAAAUUUUGUCGGCCUUCUUGGAAUUUUGGUAGUGCUGUCAAUUGUACAGGCCAUGUUUUUGCUGCUGUUGGUACCCUUUUGGUUCAUAUACAGCAAGUUGCAGUUUUACUAUAGAUCGACGUCGAGGGAAUUGCGUAGGCUCGAUAGUGUUUCCCGGUCUCCAAUUUAUACCUCGUUUACGGAGAUGCUUGAUGGUUCCGCGACCGUUAGAGCUUUCGAUUCUACGGACUUUUUCUUGUUCCGAUUCAUGCACCACGUCGAAAUUUACCAGCGCACUUCGUAUACUGAAAUUAUCGCAAGCUUAUGGCUCUCCCUUCGACUUCAGCUGCUGGCCGCAUUCAUUGUUUCGUUCGUUGCUGUGAUGGCGAUAGUCGGAACACACCGACACAUUCCCCUUAACUUUGGCACGCCCGGUCUGGUUGGGUUGGCGCUUUCUUACGCUUCACCGAUUGUAUCCAUGCUGGGAAGCUUCUUAACGAGCUUCACGGAGACAGAGAAGGAGAUGGUUUCGGUCGAGAGGGUUCUUCAGUACACGGACAUCCCUCGGGAAAAACUGACAGGAGAAUAUCCGGUCAAUCCGAAUUGGCCGUCUAAAGGUGAUGUACAAUUUCAAAAUGUGACUCUACGAUAUAUGCCGUCGUUGCCACCGGCAUUGUAUGAUGUUUCAUUUUCGAUACCGGGAGGAACUCGGGUCGGAAUCGUCGGAAGAACGGGUGCAGGAAAAUCGAGUAUCUUGAAUGUUCUGUUCCGUCUCAACCCGAUUAGCGGUGGACGUGUUUUAGUCGACGGCUUGAAUAUCGCCGGAGUUCCUGUCAGAGAUCUUCGGUCGAGCAUUGCGAUCGUUCCUCAAAGCCCGUUAUUGUUUGAAGGAUCAUUAAGGGCGAACUUAGAUCCUUUUGGAACAAGCAGCGACGAAAAAAUCUGGAACAUAAUCGAGAAAUGCUGUCUGAAAGAGGAAAUAGAGACGGUGGGAGGGCUCGACGUUCAUGUAAGAGAGUCGGGCGGGAUGUUUUCAGUCGGGCAACGGCAACUGCUCUGUCUCGCUCGAGCGCUUCUCAAAUCUUCCAAGAUUUUGUGCUUGGAUGAGUGCACUGCAAAUGUGGACAUUCAGACAGCCUCUAAGCUGCAGACAGCGAUUUCGAGCGAUUGCGAAAUCCGGACAACGGUGACCAUUGCGCAUCGGAUAUCGACUGUAAUGGUCAUGGAUGAGAUCUUCGUUCUCGAUCGAGGGAUGCUGGUUGAACGGGGAAAUCCGGAGGCUCUGAUGCGCGACGAAACGUCGAGAUUCUCGAGUUUUGCUAGAGCAUCUGCAAUGUGAUUCUUGAAUCUUAGGUUAUUGAGUUGAAAUUAUUUAGUUAUGUAAUGAAGAUCGAUUAUAAUAGAACUUCUCUUAGAUUAGAAUCCUAAGUUGGUUUAUAAUCGAAUCAGUUAUCAAAUAUUUUGCCUCAUUUACUGUUUUGAAAGUCAAUGCUUAUAUCUUUGGCAGUCACGUUUGAAAAAAUUGGUCCUAUUUUAGGCGUUGGAAAGAGUUUUUGUGACGUCCACUUAUAAUGUAUAUAUUUACUGCAGUGUUUAAGAAAUAAUAGUAUUUAAUUAGAGUGGAUAGUUAAAAAUACUGUAAUGAUAUUUUUGCCCUUGU